UAUGUUCAAUCCUCCUUCAUCAGUCACUCGUGCGGCAUCGCCAGUUUUCUUGAAAAUUUUAAUAAAUUCCAUUUUUUCCAAUAAAAAUGAGCUCCAAAUCGGACACCAAGAACAAGGGAACAUUCCAACCGGACUCAGAUGUGCACAUCACAAUCGAUGACCAGAUGAAGAUCAACAAAUUUGCAAACUACAACGCCAAGGUGGAAGAUCUCAAGGAGGAGCUGAAGAUCAGGCAAAACGAGUUGAAGAAUCUGGAGGAAGCGGGUGAUGAAAUCGAACUGCUGGACGACGAUACCCAAAUACCGUUUUUGAUUGGCGAGGUAUUCAUGUCGCACGAUUUACCGAGAACGCAGGAACUGCUGGCUGAAGCAAAAGAGAAGAAAAAACAGGAGAUCGAGAACAUUGUUAAAUUUUCCAAGGACAUCCAGGACAAAAUGGGAGAACUCAAAGCCCAUUUGUAUGGGAGAUUUGGCAGCAACAUCUAUCUUGAGAACGAUGAAUAAAGAUUGAUGGCAUUUCUUUUCUAAA